AUGGUCUACUUCCCUCGUGCAAACCAGGAUUCUUACCAGGCUUCCAGCGCAUCCUCGACCCAGUCAAAAUGCCUAUGCCGGUCCACAACCGCUCGGGCACCUUUACCGCCACAUUCCCGGUACUACUGCCUCACUUCCGGGUCAGGUGUCAAUCACCCGGAAACAGUGAGUAAGAACAUCACGAAGCACGUUCAAACACACGAACUGCACCAACUCAUACGAAGGGCUCUACUUACACGUACGGCUACUUACACGAACGGGAAAACCUCACAAAUUGCUUCAUCACACGAAACGACUUAA